AUGUUCUACUGCACCCCCAGGCGUUUGACAGCGGUUGCCGACACAUGCCUUCCAACGAAUUUUGUGCAUGCGGCAGAUUUGGCCUUUUAUUUCCCGCGAUUUCAGCCGCGCGCGCACCUGCGCCCGCAAGGCAUUCCGGAGUUACGAGACGCCGUGGCGCUACUUCAGCCAGCAGAGGGCGCCCCACAGCGGCGAUGGUCAAAGCCCAGCGCCAUGGGUGCGCAGGAGUGGGGAAGGUGCCGCGACAAGGCCCUUGGCUUGUUGCUUCGCGGGGAGGAGAUCAUGGAGAACGUGGGUGGACUUAAAAACUCCGCCACAGCAGAUAUUCUGCGGGCGACGUCAGCGGUGAAGUUUGAACUUCUCAACGGUGUUGAGCAUCUGCCGCGCUCCGAUUACGCCAAGCGUUGCGAUGUGUACCGAUCGAUUCUCAAACAGGCAGGUCGUCUUCUUUUCUUUAACGACAGUUGGGAUAAGUCAGAUGUGCUGCAAAUUGACACUGCGUGUGUUAUUGUUGCCCACUUUGUUCGCGCCUUUUGUGCGCUGCAUCAGAGGCCUUUUCAUGCGAAGCAGGAAGACGGCGUGAAGAAGAAAUAUGGCAAUAUUUCUGCCUGGUCCAUGGUGAUGGAUGAGGCAAACGGGAGCGGGGAGACGCUUCUCACGCUAUCGAUGGUUAUGGAUCGUAUUGAUGAGCUAUUAAAAUUGAGUCGGAAGGCGUCUGAGACUCACGCCGAGAAAAACCCUGAGCUCCGCUGGCAUGCGCCUAAGCUCCUGUUGCUAAAAGGAAUCCUGACAAUCCCUCUAACAGGCCACCUGGGACGCGCUCAGGAACACAUUAAUGAGUCUGCCAAACUGGUUUACGAGUUCCUGCGAAGGAAGCAGCCCAUUUUAGACGGUAUUUUGGCUCGCAAGCAGGAACCCGAGUUGGGCCUCUUUAUGCUUGCCCAGGCCGAAAUGGCAGCCCGUGUGUUUGACUGGUCCGUUGGACCAAAUGAAGUCGAUAAAAGUGUGAUGGAGAUGUUUGAGGCUGCCGCCAAGUUCUACUCCUCCCCGUGCAACACCUCACUGGAGGCGGACGGCAUCAUGUCGGCGGAUGGGAUGGAGGGACGACGGUUCGAGACGGACGCGUACACCUCCUGCUUGCUGAGUUAUGCUACUUUUUUGUUGAACGCUCCACGACCCCCGGGGACCGCGCGCCGUGACUCCCCCGUCUUCAUGCCCAAACAGUUGUUCACCCUGUCCCCCAUUUCCAGCGUGUCAACUUCAUCCGAUCUCAUCUUCGCGGACCUGCAACAGCCGGCGGCGAUGACCAUUGACGUCGUGCGCAGGCGCACAGGUGAGACGCUUGAGCGGGCGUUGGAGCUUAACCGCGCCUUGAACCCGGAGCACAAGCAGAACCCCAAGGCCGGCUGGACACUGCUUGCCAUGGCGUCCCUCUAUGCGGAUAUGCGGGACUACUUAUACGCGACCGGACUCUUCGCGUCGGCGGAAAAAACGCUUGCGGAGAACUACGGCAAUGACUCACUGGAACGACUUUUAGCUCUCAAGUUACGCUACGAAUUUUUGGCCGGAGUGGGUUCGGAUCAGGAGGCAAAAACGGCAGCACAUGAGGUGGUGCAGGUGUUGAAGCGCGUUGAUUCUAUGCCUCUGUCGUGA